UUAUGCGUUACAGCUUCUCUAUAAAUACGAUAUAACUGAAACUGGCUUGCUGAGUCUUCAACAUAAAGUCGGUGAGUUCUAACUGCAUCCCCUGCAGAAUCUAAGGUGAAAGCUUUGCUGGCGCCAUGAGUAACACUGAUCCAGUUACAGUACUGUCUAUUACUCUAUGUAUUUUCGCGGCAUUACUUUACUACGGACGCAGAAGAAAUGGUUAUCGCAAUUUUCCUCCUGGACCCACGCCAUUACCUAUCAUCGGAAAUAUGCAUAUUAUGGACAUGAAUAGACCUUAUGAAACACUUCACCAGCUUUCAGAGAAGUACGGCUCAGUGUACAGUGUGCAACUAGGAGAGGAGAAAAUGGUCAUCCUGACCGGAUAUGAGACGGUGAAAGAUGCCCUGGUAAACCACGCGGAUGAGUUUUCUGGAAGACCAAGAGUGCCACUUUUCCAUGAGAUAACUAAAGGACACGGAGUUAUAUUUUCUAAUAAUGAAAGCUGGAAGGUGAUGAGACGGUUCACUCUUUCCACACUGCGAGAUUUCGGGAUGGGGAAAGAAACAAUUGAAAACAGGAUUGAUGAAGAAAGUGAUUAUUUAGUGGAAAAGAUAAACUCAUACAAAGGCAAACCAUUUGAUAAUACUAUGAUUAUAAACGCGGCUGUUGGCAAUAUAAUUGUUUCCAUAUUACUGAACCAUCGAUUUGAUUAUGAAGAUCCAACACUCUUGAGGCUUUUGAAAGUAGUCAAUGAUAAUACCAAAUUAUUAGGUUGCCCCAUGUCCAUGAUGUACAACGCAUUUCCCUCUGUGAUGAGCUGGUUUCCUGGAAUUCAGAAAACAGUGGCUAAAAAUCAAGGAGAGUUGCACGAAUUUAUUGAAGAGACUUUCACCACCCAGAAGAAACAAUUGGAUGCUAAUGACCAAAGGAAUCUUAUCGACUCAUUCCUGGUGAAACAACGGGAGGAAAAGCCAAGCCUUGAAUUAUAUUUCACCAAUGAAAAUCUAACAGUCCUUGUGGCCGAUCUCUUUGGAGCUGGCAUGGAGACGACCUCUACCACUCUGAGAUGGGGUCUUCUAUUGAUGAUGAAAUACCCUCAAAUCCAAAGGAAAGUCCAAAAUGAGAUUGAUAAAGUUAUUGGUUCAUCGGAGCCUCUGGCCGCUCACCGUAAGGAUAUGCCCUAUACGGACGCUGUUAUUCAUGAGAUUCAAAGAUUUGGAAAUAUAAUUCCAGUAAAUGUCCCCCAUGCUACUACUCAGGACGUCACAUUCCGAGGGUAUUUUAUUCCAAAGGGAACACAGGUAAUCCCACUGCUGACGUCAGUGCUGUAUGACAAGAAUCACUUUAAAAAACCAAAAGAGUUUUACCCGGAACAUUUUCUGGACGCCAGCGGGAAUUUUGUGAAGAAUGAAGCGUUCAUGCCGUUCUCAGCUGGUAAGAGAAGUUGUGCCGGUGAGACUUUGGCCAAAAUGGAGCUUUUCAUGUUCUUUGUGAAGCUGCUGCAGAACUUCACUUUCCAGGCUCCGCCGGGGGCCACACUGGACCUGACCCCUGCAGUUGCUUUUACAUGUUGUCCUAUGAGCUAUAUGAUGCGUGCUGUGCCUCGUACAUAAAACAGGAUUGUAACAUGCACUAAAUAUAAAGAACUUCAUUUUUUCCUAGCUGGGUUUAUGGAGGUUUAUGGAGACAUACAGUAAUAAAGAAUAAACCUUAUUUUUAAACCAUUGAAA